CCAUCUUUAUAAUCACUCUCCUGCUACCUGCUAGCCGUCGAACGUCUGAUUACUCCUGCUACUCUUAGGUGGAGCGCUGCAGAGGCCACCGAAAAAUCCGCGAGGGCAAACGGUGCAGAGAAUCUGGGCCUCACGUGGGAAGAGAGAGAGAGAGAGAGAGAGAGAGAGAGAGAGAGAGAGAGAGAGAGAGAGAGAGAGAGAGAGAGAAGGGGGAAGGUGGUGGGCAAAGUAGGAGCAAGGGGGGGAGAGGAAAGAAGAGAAGAGGGCGAGUUUUGCUUAUUAGCCUGACACGUGCAACGGGUGUGCGCGAAGUUGAGUAAAAGGUGAAAAAAGAGGGCAAGAAAGAGGGAGCUUGGGAGAGAGGGAGGACUGAAAGUCCUACAGAGAGGGUGGGAGAAAAGGACACGUGGCAAAGAAAAAGACCAAGUGUCGGCACGACGGAGAGAGAGGGAAAGAGAGAGAGGAAGGUUGGGAGAGUGGGAGAGGGAAAUUUCGGAGUGACAUUGCUUACAGAGUUGGUAAAUGAGAAGGACACGUGGCGAAGGAAAAGACUAAGUGUCUGCACCACGGAGGGAGAGGGGGAGGGACAGGGAGAGGGAGAUUUGGGAGAGAGGGAGAUUCGGGAGUGAAAGUGGAAGGACACGUGGUGAAGGAAAAGACUAAGUUAAGUUGUGUCAUCAGGGGGAGGUUGGGCAGUGCGCAAUUGAGGGUUGGGGCUCUUUGAGUGUGUGUGGGUGGAGGUAGAGAGUAAGAGGUAAGAGUUGUGUGGUGGGGGAGAGGGGUGGGUGGUUACGUUGAGGGCUCUCUCUGUUUCUAUAGUGCUGCAAGGAGGAGAAAGGACUCUCGCUUGGCAAGAAGCUGGCGCCAUUUUGGGAAAUGGCACGAAGGAUAAUGGAUAAGGUAACGAUGUCUGGGGCUGCCUCCACUGCUGACGUGGGAUCGUCAUCGUAUCCGUUGCUGUCUGGAACGCAUCGGGGUCUGGCGGCGAUGCUCACAAAUCAACCUCUGAUUUCGGCCUUCCUGGCAUUUUUCAUCGCGCAGGCACUCAAGGUUCUAACCACGUGGUUUUGUGUGGAUUUUCCUCCUUUGAGUCUACUCUGCAAUUGCAUGCGUGAAUGGGAACGUGUGAAUCCAUUGUGGAUUGGAGCUCAAUCGGGUACGUCACAGGAGACACAAUCGUCGGAGGAGUGGUGGGAGCAGUGGGGACAUGUUACUGUGGAAUGGCGGCAGUGGGUGACCAGGGAGCGCGGCGAGGGUUGGGUGGUUAACCAAGGUGCAGUUGGUAAGGCAGGGAGAAAGGAUGACAAGGCAGUUUCUCAGGGCAGCAAAGCGGAGGCGGGUGGUGACUGCGGUUUGACAGCUGACAAUGCAGCCGCGGGUGGAGGCCGGCCCGGAGCUUCUCAGGUUAUGUAUGAUGCAUCGGGAGUGCGGUUGCAAGCUGGGAGGCAAGCAGAGGUGCUCAAUCAGAUUGUUUAUGAAUUACCUCCAGAGCAUCCGCUGGCGGAUGCUCGGCCUUUGAGAGAGCCUUUGGGUCACACUCCUCCUCAGGUGGCAGCUGGCGCUGUGGUGGGCUGUGUAUUGGCGUAUCUUUUGUACCUGAUAGGUGGUGGUGGUCCAGCGCACCCGUCUUGAUGGAUUUGCUCGCUUGCGCGAGGGCUAACGCUCGUUCUGGACUUAUUUGGCGGCUGAACUGAAGAGAUGGCUGGCUAGCCUACCCCUGGAAGAGUGUGCAACGCUGUUUCUAAAGGCAACGACUGCGGAUUCUUCUCACUCUGAUAUUCACCUUGCAACUGGCAAGUAUUCUCCAUGGCUCUAAAAACUGGUUGGCAUUCUUUGGAUGACGUGGGCCGUUAUUUAUCCAUUGAAGAGUGAGAUUUGCAAGAUGUCGACCGAGCAUGGUAUGUAGGGCUAAGGGUUGCUGAUUGGUGACAUUCUUCGGGACCCUGCCCCCUGCUUCUUGAUUCUGCCUGGUUCUUCUUCAUCUUGCUCCCCUUUGUUAAUAUUUAUCUCUCUGCCCCUAGUACAGAUUUUCAUUUGCUUGCAACGAGUUGUCGCUCUUCUCGUAAUACGGCCCUCCUCUCCUAGGGGCACAGCUGUUUCAGCACGUGUCAUGCCCGUCUUCAUUGUUUCUUGCUUUGUCUUUGAACCGCAUGCUUUGUUCGCUGUUCGCCCUGUUUUUAUGCACUCGGAAAUCCCGUGCUCACUUCUUGCUCCCCCCUGUCCCCCCUCUAUCCCCUCACUUGCCCAUCACUUAGCUCUUCAUGCUUGCCAUUAUCCUGAGGACUUGUUGUCAAGUUGUCAUUUCAACUCAUUUGUCAUUGGCAAAUUGCCCAUUGACAGUCACGAUUUUGCGAGCCACAAUUCUUCUGCAUCGUUAUCUGAGCUGCUAUCCAUUUGCCUCGCAUGCUUGUCCGAAGUGCAGCCCCCACGUCAUUUAGCCAUGCGGCGAACAUUGCGAAGAGCUUUUCCCAGAGUUGAAUAUGUCAAUGCCUGACCCACUGCAAGGGUCAGCUGAUCACCUUGCCCAGCAAAGGCGUUUCAUGUUUCCUCUCGUAUGGGCACCCCGUCAUCUUCAUGCUCACGUCUGCACUUCAUUGGCAAGAAUUGAUCGAAACGCUAGCUUGGGCACAUGAACGUACUCGUUUAGCAAAUUUAAUUCAUCAACCACGCCUUCGUCUCUCUGCUCACCCCUUCCAGAAUGUAAUACGUUAAGUAAGAAAUUCUCUCCACACAGGGUGGCAUGCCUUGGCGCCAAGGUGGCAGCUAUAAGAGGAGCAUGGUCAGAAUUCACUGAAAGUUAGUUAUAACUUAUCAGCUACUUACCCCUCCACGAGGCAUGGCGGAAGGGCACCUCAUGUUUUCCUAGAGGAUGCAGAAUGAAUUGGUACUCCUUGAGUAGAAAAGAUUUGUGAAGCGGCCCGCCCAGUUCAAUGCUUGCAUUUUCAGUGUGCCGCUGAUCUCUAUAUGCCUGCUGCUCCUGUGGUUCCGAAACCUCGUUUUUUUUAUAAGAAAGACCUCUCAAUCUGUCUGGUCAGUUUCCGAAACCUGACGCAGAUCAUCUAUCAAAUUUUAUUAUUGUUUUGGUUGUUCUUGAAGGCAGUUAACUGAGUUAAGUUGAUUGUGCCCUUGGUCAGGGUGAGGGAAGUUAAUUAGCAUCCUGCGUUUGAUUAAUGUCGAGGCGUAUGUGCCCCCCCUGUCAAUUCAUGAUUAUCUCGAUUUCGAAUUUCCGACCUGAGUUCGGAAUUUCCGACCCGAGUUCGGUUGGUCCAUGGGUAUUUGGUCUCAAAUUC